CUGAGUUUGCCACCGCUGGCCGCUACGCUACAUAAUAUUAUUGUUGUCAAUCGUUUUUAUGGUGUUUUUACUUUUCAGUCUCUCAGUAGUCAGCACUCGCGAGUGGUUGAGUGAUAUUGUUGUUUUCCGUCCAUGUGAUAGAAAAUUCGAAUUUCAGUUUUUUUUUUGUUUUUUGUUUGUUUUAUUUUGUUUUUUUAAGUAAAAUUACAACAGUUUCAUUAAUAUCAUGCCAAUAAUGCUAUGUUCUGUGUAAAUAUUAUUAUGUGAUCUUUGAUUUUCUCAUGUACGUGGCUGUCCAUAUGUUCAGACUUGCACCUGUUGCAUUUAAGUUUAUGUUUUUCGUUUUAAUUAUUCAAUAAAAAUCAUCAAAUCGAUUUUAAAUGCGGAAUGGUGAUGAGGUGAGAGUUUUAUGUUGUUUAAAGUUUUUUGUGCCGCAAUCAAAACUGGAUGACGUGAAAAUGGGUAACGUUCAAACACGUAAGCCUGAAUACAGCUCUCCGAUUUCGACUCCACAGCAUCAACUACAUUUGCCUGUAGAAUUGCCCAGGACUCAUAAUUUGAGAGCGAGUAUUCGGACUAAAAUACCAAUGCCAGACAAGAGUGAGUUGGAAAGACGAUUCACAAAAGUCUUGGCAUCCAUGAAUUUGCCUGCGGACAAAGCAAAACUCCUUAAGCAGUAUGAUGACGAAAAAAAAUGGGACUUAAUUUGUGAUCAGGAAAUGGUUCAAGCUAAAGAUCCGCCCGCUCACUAUUUAUCAAGACUCCGUACAUAUUUAGAUCCAAAAGCUUCACGAAGUUCAAGAAAGCGAAAAAUGGUCGGAGAUGCCACUUCUACACAAGUUUUGCGGGAUCUAGAAAUAUCCCUUAGGACCAAUCAUAUAGAGUGGGUUCGUGAAUUUCUAGAUGAUCAAAAUCAUGGUCUGGAUUCGUUGAUUGAUUAUCUUAGCUUUAGAUUAGUAAUGAUGCGCCAUGAAUAUAGGUCUUGUGUAGACGUGACUAAUGUCUCAACCGAAAAAAUCGCUCAAGGUAAUCAUAUUCACACGAAUGGGAUUAGUAACGGUAAUGUAACGAAUCACGCGAGACCUACUUUAGACGUACUAGAUAGCCCUGGGAUCAAACGGAGAUCGCGACACGCUGCAAAGUUAAAUAUGGGCGAUACUAAAGAUGAUAUACACGUUUGCAUAAUGUGUUUACGGGCUAUCAUGAACAAUAAAUAUGGAUUAAAUAUGGUGAUUCAACAUACCGAUGCAAUUAAUAGUAUAGCAUUGAGUUUAAUGCACAAAAGUUUGAGGACAAAAGCUUUAGUACUAGAGCUUCUGGCUGCAAUAUGUCUAGUGAAAGGUGGUCACGAGAUCAUUUUAUCUGCAUUUGAUAAUUUUAAAGAAGUCUGCCAAGAAAAAAAACGUUUUCAAACCCUAAUGGAUUAUUUUAUUAAUUACGAAGUUUUUCAUAUAGAAUUUAUGGUUGCUUGCAUGCAAUUUAUAAACAUAAUUGUACACUCUGUGGAAGAUAUGAAUUUCCGAGUUCAUCUGCAAUACGAAUUUAGUACUCUCGGGCUUGAUGAAUAUUUAGUAAAGAUAAAGCAUACAGAAAGUGAAGAACUUCAGGUUCAAAUUUCCGCAUACCUUGAUAAUGUAUUUGAUGUGGCCGCAUUAAUGGAAGAUAGUGAAACUAAAACGGCUGCUUUAGAAAAAGUAGAAUCUUUAGAGGACGAACUUGCACAUGCGCAUGAUAGGUUAGCUGAAUUAGAACGUGAAUCAUUGGCCCAAUUGGCUGCAUUAGAGAGCGCUCUUGGAAUGGCUCGAGCUGAAAGGGAUGCAGCAGCAGAGAGUAAACGUACAGUUGAAGAAGAAGUAGCAACACUUCGGAGGGUUGUAAAUGAUCAAAAACGUGAAUCACAAUCAAGGCAGUUCAUGCUUGAAGAAAAAAUUCAAGAAUUGAUUUCACGAGGAGCUCAACCAGACUUAAGCUCUAGCAGUGGCAUUUCGAGUUGUUCUUCGACUGGAAGCAAUAGUAUUUCUGCAUCACCACCACCCCCACCACCACCACCACCACCUCCUCCUCCAUCAACUGCUUCGUCAAUAGCUAUGCCACCUCCACCACCCCCACCACCACCAAUAUCACCAAAACCAACUGGUAUACUUAUUCCACCACCACCUGCACCACCAUUGGCGGGUACAAUGCAAGCACCAGAUGGUGCUAUGACAAUUAAGAGGAAAGUUCUGACCAAAUAUAAGUUACCAACUUUGAAUUGGGUUGCAAUGAAACCAAAUCAAGUUCGUGGUACUAUUUUUAAUGAGCUAGAUGAUGAUAAGUUACAUUCUGUAAUAGACUUUGGCCAGUUUGAAGAGAAAUUUAAACUAACAGCUGCUGGUCGAGCAUUAAUUAAUGGCAAUUCUGACCAACAUGAUGGUUUGAUGACGUACCCUAGUAAACGAAUGAAGAAACAAGAUAAUAUUUCUCUUCUGGAGCAUACUCGCUUAAGAAAUAUUGCUAUUUCAAGAAGAAAACUUGAUAUGCCAGUUGAACGUGUCAUAAUGGCUGUUAAUUCAUUAGACUUAAAACAAGUACCUUUAGAAAAUGUUGAAAUUCUUCAACGAAUGAUUCCUACUGACCAAGAGGUAAAAUCUUAUAAGGAAUAUCAGUUGGAGAAAAAAGACGUAAAUAUGUUAACAGAAGAAGAUAAGUUUUUAAUGCAAUUAACUAAAGUCGAAAGACUCGCCACCAAAUUAUCUAUAAUGAGCUAUAUGGGUAACUUUAUGGACAACUUGCAUUUAAUAUCACCACAAGUUCAUGCUAUUAUAUCAGCUUCAAGUUCUGUAAAGAAUUCCAAGAAAUUACGUCAAUUACUGGAGAUAAUAUUAGCAUUUGGUAAUUAUAUGAACAGUGCAAAACGUGGUCCUGCGUAUGGAUUCAAACUACAAUCAUUAGAUACCUUGGUUGAUACUAAGUCAAGUGACAGGCGUAUUUGCCUUCUACAUUUUAUUGUUGAUACUAUUAGAUCUAAAAUGCCAGAAAUCAUGAAUUUUGAUUCAGAAUUUAUGUACAUUGAUAAAGCAGCAGCUGUAUCGUUGGAAAAUGUUAUAACUGAUGUUAAUGAGUUAGAAAAAAAUAUGGAAAUUGUUAAGAAAGAAUGUGAAACGCGAGGUUACGGAAAUGCUCAACAUGUAAUAGUUCUUCGAGAUUUCCUUAAUAAUUCUGAAGACAAACUUAAAAGAUUGAAAAAUGAGACUAAAACUGCUCAAGAAUCAUUUAGGGAUUGUGUAGAAUAUUUUGGUGAAUCACCUCGAGGCACAGAUGCUAACACAUUCUUUUCUAUGCUCGUUAGAUUCGUUAAAGCAUUCAAGGCUGCUGAUAUCGAAAAUGAACAAAAAAAACGAUUAGAAGAAGCUGCAUGUCAAAUUAAAUUAAAAGGUAGUACUGAAAACCUAGCUGCCAAAAAUAAAACAAAUCAAAAAUUACAACAAGAAGCUGUUAUUAAUGAACUGAAGAAUAAAACAAAAAUGGUAAAAGAAAAAAAAUUGUUACACCAAGACGAAGUAUACAAUGGUGCAUUGGAAGAUAUUCUCUUGGGUUUGAAAAAUGAACCUUAUAGAAGAGCAGAUGCUGUUCGGAGGAGUCAAAGACGUCGCAUAGACAGCAAUCGAUUGUCUAGGACUUUGGAAGAACUUGAAUUUUAAUAAGUCCUAUUAAUAUGAUUGUUGUAUUUAUAUCAUCUACAUUCCACAUAUCCAAAUACUCAUGACUAUACGCUAAAUAUAAUUAAGUAAUAAUAAUAAAAACAGUAUCGUUAAUUUAUUCAUAUUAUUAUUUUAUUUGUUUGUUAUUUUAUAUGUUUAUUUAUUGGAACUAAAUUAUAUUUUCUUUUUAUAAAAAUGAUAGUAUUAAGUUUUUUUAGACUAAAAUAUUAGAUAUAAUGUUAACUAAUUAUUACAUACAGAAUGGACCACUUAAGUUAUAUGUGUUAACCUUAAGGGUAAACGAAAACACAUUGACCCACUCUGUAUAUACAAAUAUUUUUGUCACUAAUACUUAUUUUAAUGUGAAUUUUGUUUGUUUGUACCAUUAAAUUUAGUGUAAAUUAUUUAUUUUUAUGUCAAUAGAAUCUUCUUUUUCUGUAAUUGCUAGCUUAAAAUCUCUUGUAAUAGAAAAGAAUGACUAAUACAUUUAUAAGUUACACUAGUAACGGACUUUAAAAAUAUUUUUUUUAUAAAAUUUCCAUUUUAUUUCUAUGUUUUACUAAACUAUUUGAAAAUUUUCAUGUGCAUAUUUUAUUUUAAAUAUAAUUUUCAGAUUUUAUAUUUUAUAUUUAAAUCGUUAUUUAUUUAGUAAUAUAUUUUUUUUAAGCAAUUUAUAUAUUUGUGUAUUAUGGUAGACCAAAAUUCCGUUUGGAAAUAUGUUUUCAAAUAGUUUUAGUAAUAUGUAUAGAUGAAAUUGAAAACUUAAUUUUAUAGAUAAAAUAUUUUAUUAGUUAUAAGCAUACUAUAAUUUUUACUUUUAUAUUUGUUAACAAAACGAAUUUUUGAAUAUUCUUAUCUGUUAAAUAACGAGCUUAGUAAAGAAAAAAAGGAUUCUGGUAAAAAGUAAAAACAACCUUAAAUCAACGAGACACAUUAAAAGCAAUAUUCUAUUUGUUGCUACUUAUUUUUAUACACAUGAUAAUUUAUUGUCAAUUGGUUGAUCACUUUUUGACAUUCCAUUAGUUUUUAAGUUUGUCUUGAUCAAUUACUAUCACUAUUGUGAUGUGGUGCUUAUAGAUAUUAGUCUUGAAAAACUAUUUUUUUAUUAUACUUAUUUUGUUAAAUAGAUGUAUUAUGCUUAAUUUCAAAAUAUGUUGUUUUUGUUUUAAAUUCAAGCUAUUAUUAUUAAUGUUACUGUGUAAAAAGUCUCAUACUCUCAUCCAAUGAAAAAAUAUUUUCUUAGAUUUGUAUAUUAUAUUUCUCAUAUUAUACUAUAUGUUUCAUUUGAUUUUUAACAUUUUGUAAUAUGUGUAAAUAAGAAUUAUAGAAUUAUCUAAUGGUUAUUAUUAUAAUUAUUUUAUACCUAAAAAAAGAAAACUGAAAACCGUUUAGAUUGGUUAAGUGCCAUCAAAAUAAAUUUUUGUUUAUUUCUACCAUUGGUUGAACACAUAUAUUAUAUAAUAUGUUUCCUAGUAAUUAUUUUUUUUUUCUAAAUUUAAAUUAGUUAAGAUUGUUAUUUAUAAUAUUUAUAUGCAUGUUAGGUAUGGUAUAUUCCACGUUUAUUGUUGAGUAACUUAGCUUAAAUUUUAGAACAAUAAUUAUUAUUUUCAACAUAAAAUUAUUUAUUUUAUUUGUAAACAAAUGCAAUUUAUUAAAUAUAUGGAAUAUACUACUAGAAAA